AUGUUCGCCGUCCACUCGCUGCUCGCGCUGGCCUGUGCGCCCCUCGUGCUCGGCGCGACGCCGCUCACCAUCCCGUCCUCGCCCUCCUCCAACACAACCGUCUACCCCAACUUCCUCGGCAUCUCCUUCGAGCUCUCCUUUGUCGGCAACUACUUCGGCAACUCAUCCUCCGCCAUCCCCGCCCCCUUCCUCGCCUACCUCGCCGCCCUCUCCUCCACCGCCCCCCUCCGCCUCCGCCUCGGCGGCAACUCGAUGGACGACAGCUCCUUCCUCCCCGCCCAGUCCUCGCCCCUCAUCAACUUCACCAACCCCCAGGCGAACGCGAACGACCAGCCCGUGACGUUCGGCCCGCCGCUGUUCGCCCUGCUGAGCACGGUCGCCGGGAGCGUGCGCGGCGGCGCGCAGUACCUGCUCGGGCUGGGGCUCCGCGACCCGAAUGAUACCAACACCCCGCUCCUCGCGGGCGCGGCGCAGGCCGGGCUCGGCGAGUAUUUGGACGCGUUCCUGCUCGGUAACGAACCGGACCUGUACUCGGCCCACAACCAGCGGCCGAACCUCGCAAACUAUACCGUGAACGACUACAUCGGGGAAUAUUAUGUGGCGACUGCGAACCUGCAGAACACGUCCGCGGGCAAUAUCCUCUCGAACCAUAACAUCGCCGGCCCGACGAUCUGCUGCAACUGGGAUCUCGAGGCGCUCCUCACCUCGGGGUGGCAGAGCGACUUUCAGGACGUGCUCAAGUACAUUACACUGCAGCACUACCCGCAGAACAACUGCUUCGGGAGCUACCAGUACCAGCUCGACUACUACCUCAACCACACGAACGUGCAAGAGCUGGCGCAGUGGCAGGCCGGCGGGCUCGCGGCGGCGACGCGCCCGGUGGUGAUGAGCGAGUUCAACUCGGCGUCGUGCGGCGGGAUCCCGGGCAUCUCGGACACGUUCGGCGCGGCGCUGUGGACGGCGGACUACGCGCUGCAGAUGGCCAGCGUCGGGUACUCCGCCGCGUACCUGCACACGCGCGAACCGGGCAUCUCGUACAACCUCUUCGAAGCCGCGCCCGACGGGUGGACGACGCUGCCGCCGUACUACGCGCUCCUGCUGGUGUCCACGGCCCUGGGCGUCGCCAACGGGACGCGCGUGCAGGACCUCGCGCUGCGCGACGCGGCGCAGGCGGCGUACGCCGUGUACGACGCCGCCUCCGCCUCCGCCUCCGACGCGCUGCGCGCGCUCGUGCUGUUCAACUACCGCAACGCGUCGGGGCAGGCCGCGGGCUUCGCGGUCCCGCAGGGCACGUUCGGGUCUGGCGCGCGGAACGUGACCGUGAAGACGCUGCGCGCGCCGAGCGCGAACGAGGCGCACGACAUCGCGUGGGGGAACGCGACGCUGCGGGGCGUGCGCGACGGGCGGCUCGUGCCGGCUGCGGGCGCGGGCGCGGGGGAGUACAGCGUGGACUGCGGUGGCGCCGGGGGGUGCACUGUGAGCGUGCCCGGGCCGGGCGCGGCGGUGGUGUUUGCGGCGCAGGGGGCGAGCGGGGGCGGGAAUCGGAAUGGCGCGGCGGCGCGGGGGUGGAGGGUAGGUGUGGGGAGUGUGCUGGUGGGCGUUGUGGGCGGUUUGGUGACGUUGCUUUAG